AUGGACACGAGACCGCACAGCUUGACCGUGCCUAGCGAUGACGAUUCUCCGACUUUCAUACGAAGUGAACUAUAUGAGGAGAGGGAAACGGCAGGAGCUGGUAUAGCGGUUUUUGCCACUGCCUUCAUCCCGGCAGGAACUAGAAUAUUCUGCGAGGAGGAACUUAUUCAGGUAUCGGAUGAGUUUGAGCAGCCGGAAAUCUAUGAUACAGUAACAUCGUUAUCCGAGGAGAAGCAAGCGGCAUAUUUUGGAUUGGCAGCUUCCUCAAAAUCUAUGAAAGACGUUGGCUGGAUAAAUGACCUGCGCAAAUCGUGUGAGGGCGAAGCGGAGUCUUUCAAUGCACUAGUAGAGGCACAUGAGAUGGCAUGGUCUAUUUAUGAGACCAAUCGCUUCACCCUCCGGCUUUCCAGCGGUGAAUUCAAGAUUGGAAUAUAUCACAAGGCCUCUCGUCUUAACCAUUCCUGUGCACCAAAUGUGUUCCAUCGCUACAACUCCCGUAUAAAUCGGAUGACUAUCCAUGCGCUUCGGGAUAUUCAGCCUGGCGACGAGCUCAAUACAUCUUACAUUGACAUCUGCCACCCCACGGCCGUCCGAAGGCAAAUGCUCAAGGGAUGGGGCUUCCACUGUGGAUGUUCUGCGUGCGAGAGUUCAGACGAGAUGAGAGAUCUUCGAAGGAAGAAAAUAGAGGACGUGAUGAACAAGCUGAAAAAACGCGAGGAGCAGUGGGAGUCCAAUCACGAACAGUGGACGGACAAGGACUAUGCUAAGUCUGUGAGCAUGAUAGAAAGGGGCAUGCGCCUGAUGGAAAGCGAGGGCAUGGAGGAGACCGAUACCUUGGGCUAUCUCCUGGCGCUGGCGAUCAGAUAUGGAGCGAGGAAUGGUCGCAAGGAGGAGCUUAUGCAAUGGACUGAGAGACUGGUAGUGAUUGAGAGGAAGUGUCUCGGCGAGGAUAGCAACGAGUACGACGCUGCGGUAGAGUUGCACCGCAUUGCCAAAGAAGACUUAUAA